AGAAGAACCAGGACUUCUACAGUUUAAAGGGGAGCAGGAGGAACCAGAACCUCCACUGAUUGAGGAGCAAAUGGAACUUGGUACCAGCCAGAAGGGAGAGCGACUUUUUCUGAAUUUUGAAAGUGAUUCCUCUAAGGUUCCCUCUUUUAAGGAGCAAAGUGACCAAAGCUUUUCCAAGCAGAGUUUUUUGAAGAUUCAUAUGAAAUCUCACACUGGUGAGAAGCCAUAUUCUUGUGAAACGUGUGGGAAAAGUUUUGUUAAAAAGAGUUAUUUGAAAAGGCACAUGAGAACUCACACUGGUGAGAAGCCGUAUUCUUGUGAAACGUGUGGGAAAAGUUUAGUUAAACUGAGUUCUUUGAAGAGUCACAUGAGAACUCACACAGGUGAGAAGCCGUAUUCUUGUGAAACGUGUGGGAAAAGUUUUGUUGAUAAGAGUUAUUUGAAAAUUCACAUGAGAACUCACACUGGUGAGAAGCCGUAUUCUUGUGAAACGUGUGGGAAAACUUUAGUUACACAGAGUUCUUUGAAGAGUCACAUGAGAACUCACACUGGUGAGAAGCCAUAUUCUUGUGAAACAUGUGCCAAAAGCUUUGACUAUCAGUGUUAUUUGAAGGUUCACAUGAGAACUCACACUGGUGAGAAGCCGUAUUCUUGUGAAUCAUGUGGCAAAGGUUUCCAUAAACGGGCUUAUUUAAAUAUUCACAUGAGAACUCACACUGGUGAGAAGCCUUAUUCUUGUGAAUCAUGUGGCAAAGGUUUCCGUAAACAGGCUUAUUUAAAUAUUCACAUGAGAACUCACACUGGUGAGAAGCCGUAUUCUUGUGAAACGUGUGGGAAAAGUUUCAGUGAACGCAGAUAUUUGAAGGUUCACAUGAGAACUCACACUGGUGAAAAGCCGUAUUCUUGUGAAACGUAGGAAAAGAUUUUCUGGUCCAAAGUUGUUGGAGAACCAUGUGAGAACUCAUAAAUGAUUGGUUUUGACAUUUGGGGUGGGAGAAAGUUGAGCCACUUUGGUAUUGGGACUUUUUUCUUAGUGCUUUUC